AUGAAUUAAAAUUAUUCAAUUGUUAUGGAAUUAACAAAACAAUAAGAAUUAACAUUAGCAAUUGAAAUAGCAGCAAUUUGUGUGCCUUCUGUCUUUAUAUUAGUUUUCACUCUUUAUUGUUAUUUAAAGUUUUAGCACUUAAAUAAUGCUUAGUUUAAGUUAGUAACGAGAAUAUUAUUUUCAGAUUUAAUAUAUGAAUCAAUAAUGAGCGUAAUAAGUUUGGCAUACAUUAUAACUUAAAAUAGUAGUAGUAGAGAAAGUUACUUGAGAGAUUCACAUCCAACUUUUUGCUAUAUAGAAGCUUAUUUAUCAAAUUUUUCAAUUUUAUCUAGUACUGCCUGGACAUCAAUAAUUUGUCAUACUUUAUAUAUGCAAGUGUAUAGAAAUAUAUCAAAGAUGUAUUAUUAUCAAUAUAUUUUUGUUGGUUACGUGAUUCCAACCAUAAUUAGUUUCAUGUAAAUAAUAAACAAUAUUAGUUUAUAGACCAUUUUAUAUAGAUGGAUAUGGAGUGACAUAUCCAAUGUAAUCUACAAACUGUUUCUAUAAUAUGAGAUUGGAUAAGAGGGCUUAUGAUUUAUACAUAACCUUGUGUUACUAUUUACCAAUUUGGAUAGCAUUUUUAUAUAAUUUAACAAUAAUAAGUUUAGUUGUAAGGAGAAUAUUAAAGCAUAUAACAGAUUUUACAAAUAAAACAUAAGUAUUUGCAUUAUUUGUGUAUCCAACAAUAUUGUUUAUAUGUUGGGUGAUUGUAAUCUUACCAUUCUUAUCCUGUAGCCUGGCUUAGUUUAACAAUUUAAUCCAUAAUCAAUAAUAUGGUAAUACUUAUCGUAGUUCUUUUGUAACAUACUUGGACUGUUGGAUGCUUUGUGUUAUUGUUUCACUGAGAUAUUCACUAAGAUUAGAUUAAAUGGAUGUAAAUUAGAAUAUUAAGAAGAUUAAUGUGAAAGUAAUUUUGAGACUCAAAAUAGUCAACAAUUAACUUAAGUAGUUGAUUCAUAAUAAUUGUGAAUACUAUUUUUAAAAUAAUAUUAAUUAAUUAAGCGUCAUUAUAUUUUUUAGUGCGUUUGCAAUUUAAUAUUAUAAAAUGAAGAACAAAAAUAUAGUAUUAUAAUAUAAUUGAAAUGUCAUCAACAUAAGAGAUGGUAAAAUGUUCAUUCAAUCCGGAUGACAUGGGAUAACUAUUGUAUAAAGAGAAUUAUCAUAAGUAUAUAUUAAUUAAAGAGAGAUUAGAUGGAUAAAAGUAUAAGAAUUGAUUGCAAAGGAUCCAAUAUUGUAAAAUAAUGUUGGAGAUUAUGGUUAGAGUAGAGAUAAAUUAUAUGAGAUCUAUUGCAAGAAAGCUUAUAAAUUACAUAAGUUAUUAAAUUAUAGUGAUGAAAUGAUUCCUGGUAUGGUGAACAGUCAAUUUCCAGAAACAGUAGUGACUGUGUUGCAUUAAACAAUGUUUAUUCCAACUAUAAAGUAUUUGGGAACUGAAAAAUAAAUUGAGAAAUGGCUGCCUCCAUCGUUAAAUUAUGAAAUAGUAGGGUGUUAUGCUUAGACUGAAUUAGGACAUGGAUCAGACGUAUAAAGUUUAGAAACUACUGCUGUCUAUGAUAAAAAUACAGAAGAGUUUAUUUUAAAUUCUCCAACAAUAUCAUCAACAAAAUGGUGGAUUGGAGAUUUAGGAUUAACAGCAACCCAUGCAGUAACACAUGCUUAAUUAUUUAUUAAUGGAAAACAUUAUGGAGUACAAACUUUUAUUGUUUAAGUAAGAGAUACACAUACUCAUUUACCAUUAAAAGGAAUUGAAGUAGGAGAUGUUGGACCUAAAUAUGGUUAUAAUACUAAAGAUAAUGGAUAUUUAAGAAUGAAUAAUGUUAGAAUUCCUAGAGAAUAAAUGCUUAUGAGAUAUUCUAAAGUAAGUAAAGCAGGAGAAUUUAUCAAAGCUUAAAAUGAGAAAAUUGGAUAUGCUACUAUGAUGUAAGUUAGAACUUCAAUCAUAUUUAAUACUUAUGUCUCAUUAGCAUAAGGUUUAGCUAUUGGAGUUAGAUAUUCUCAUUUUAGAAGAUAAUUUAAAGAUAAUAAUGCUAUUGAAAGGCCUAUUAUUGAUUAUUAAACUUAAUAAGAUAAAUUAAUUCCUUUAGUUGCUGAUUGCUAUGCUUAAGGUUUUGGAUGUUAAAGAAUUAAAGAGAUUUUAACAGAAAAUCUUAAAAGAAUUAAUGAAAAAAAUGAUUUUUCUCUUAUGGGAGAUUUACAUGCAUUAUUAUGUUGUUGUAAGGCUGUUUAUACAUGGAAUACACACUUUGGUUUAGAUAAAAUUAGAUAAUCUUUGGGAGGACACGGAUUCUUAUAAUCAUCAGGUGUUUGUACUAUUUAAACAGAAUUUUCACCAAGUUGUACCUAUGAAGGAGAAAAUACAGUCUUAUUGUUAUAAACUGGAAGAUAUCUCUUAAAAGCUUGUAAUAAAGCAUAAAAAAAUUAACCUAUUAAUGAAAAUGUUGAGUACCUUCAUAAUUUACAAUCAACUCUAUCAUAGAAAGCUACUUUCACACGAUAAGAAUAGCUCCUAUGUCCUGAAAUUAUUAGAAAAUUAAUGAGAUUACAUGCAGCUUUCUAUGUUAAUAAGGUGAUGCUCAAAAUGAUGGAAAAAGGUAUUAAUAUAAUAUAUCAUAAUUAGCUGGUGAAUUUGGCCCUAAAGAAGCAUGGAAUAAACAUGUAGGUGUUUCAAUAACAGAAGCUUCUAUUGCUCACACUUAUUAUUGGACAUUUAAAACCUUUUUAGAUACAUUAAUUAAGUAAUUAUUCUUUAAAAUUAAUUAUAGAGUCUAAGAUGAAAAUAUUAGAUCUGUUUUAUCUAAUUUAUGUUGUUUAUAUGGAUUAUAAAGAAUUAUUGAUUGGCCUAUUGGAUAUUUUGAGGGUGGAUUUUUAACUGGAGAAUAAUUAGAAAUAAUUUUAAAUGCAAAAGAACACAUUUUCACAUUGAUAAAACCUGAUUUACUUGGAUUAGUUGAAGUAAAUUUAAUAAUUAACAUUUAGGCUUUUAAAUUCAAUGACAAUGCAUUAAGAUCAGAUUUAGUUGAUCCAAAACCUUAUGAAAAAUUAUUGUAAAGUGCUAAGUUGAGUUCCGUAAAUAAUGAAGAAUACUAAAAAAAAUUAAGAUCAUUGACAAAAUAACUUAGAGAGAUUCCAAAGCUCUGA